GCUAUGAUGGUCUCGACCAUAGAAGAACAUGUCACGCGCUGUGUGAGUGUGUACAAUAGCGUACGCUAGUUAUAACCUUGAUCGCUGAUUUUCAUAUGUUUUCGUUGAUGAGUUUUCAACCCUACAGCAAGAAUGUUACAGAUGAAAAAUCGCUUGAAAUAUUGCUCCGUGGCAGUGGCUGCGAACAGACUGGUUUCAGGACCGCUGAAGAACCCUGUUGUUUUUCUGGAGAUUGCAGCUGACGGCGAGUUCAUCGGAAGAAUCAUUGUUGAGCUUUAUGCUGACGUCGUACCCAAAACAGCGGCAAAUUUCCGGGCCCUUUGUACAGGAGAGCAUGGCUUUGGAUAUAAAGGCUCAGCAUUCUACAGGAUCAUCCCUCAUUUCAUGUGUCAGGGUGGAGAUUUCACUCAUCAUAAUGGCACUGGUGGAAAAUCUAUUUAUGGAAAGAAAUUCAAUGAUGAGAAUUUCAAGCUGAAACACAAUGGACCAGGUGUUCUGUCUAUGGCAAACUCUGGACCAAACACAAAUGGGUCCCAGUUUUUCAUCUGCACUGCAAAAACAGAAUGGCUUGAUGGCAAACACGUUGUUUUUGGGCAGGUCAAAGAGGGAAUGCAGACGGUCUCUUUAAUGGAGUCCUGUGGCCUACAUGGUGGAGGAACUGUAAAGAAGAUCAUCAUCACAGACUGUGGAGAACUCAAGUAACAAAGAAUGUGUAUUCAUUUCAAUGUGAUCAAACGUUCUCACAACAAAAAUGCUUAUUCAUGUAAAGUAAAUUAUAUUUUUUUUUUUUUUUUUUUUUUACAUUUAUGUUACCUAAGUACCUAUUGCCAUUUUAAUGUGUCUGUCUGUGGAUUCAUUAAGGUGUUUUAUGCUUACUAGGUAAGCAAAUGAUUCAGUAUUUAUGGUGAUUACUUACCCCUACACAACAAAUCUUGCUUAUAGGUCAAAUGUCCUGGGCCAUAAGGAAAUUUAUACUGUUAAAAUACUUUUUUUUUUUUUUUUUUAUUAGAAUAAAAGCUAAACGGAGAUUGUUUACUUUCUAAGAACCAUGCCAAAGAAACCCCAGGAGGUUUUUUUUUUAAUAAAUAAAUUACACAUGAAACUGGUUUUGACAUAUGGAAUUUCUUCUAGGAUAUUUGCAUCCUGUGCCCCUUUUUUUUUUUUUUUUUUUUUAUGACUCAAGGCUGUUUUCCAGAUGAGGGCCGGCUACAACUGCAGCAGUAUAUCUAGUUGCUUGGCAUGCUUUUUAAAUCUUCCUGAGAAUGAUCCCAUUCUUUUUUAGUCUAUCCAGUGACCAGAUUUCCUGUCCACCUAAAGCAGGAUAUGACAUCCUGUUUGGCUAUGAAGAUUCUCCACCUCCAAACGUUAAACUUUCAGCAAGAAUCUUCUGAACAUGUUUAUACAAUAGUUGUGUAGACAGUUGGGAAUACGUGUUUGUCAAAUGUAUUCCAUUAUAACUGCAGCCAGCUGACACACACAUACUCUGAAAUGAAAAUGAGCAGUCCGUUUUAGACGGUGUGUAGGUGUAGCUUAUCACAGUAAUGCCUUAUGAAAGUAAAUUAUGAACCUUUGUGGAAAACAGUGCUCUUUCCUAAAUGAAACCAUAUGGUGUCUGAACUCACAACUGGUUUGUUUGACUUCUCCGAUUGCAAUGUUGCUAUAGAGACUUUCUCAUUCCCAUUCUGGUUAAGUCUGCAUUGUUGCAGCAAACUUGAUAUCAUUUGGGCCUCCACCCUCUAGUGAAGUUUAAGAGAUCUGGAAUGUGUAGACCAAUUACUUAAAGCUGGCUUCAAGAGGAAAGCCAGAGUCAUUGCCAAGUCCUAAUGUUCACGUACAGUUCUCAUGUGUUUACAAUCAUUACAAGUAAUUAUGUCGAGUUAAAAAACACACAUCUGUGUCUUCAAACAUGUGCUGUUGCAAAGACGAGGUGAACGCUGAACUAAAAGAAACGCUCUUUGGGCUAUUCGACUGUAAAUGAAUGGGAUGUCAGAAUGACAACUGUUCCCCAAGGCUUUAGACUAUGGUUUUCAAUUACACAAGCAUCAUUCCCAAGGACCAUUUCUAAAUAAUUAAUCAGUCCGUACUGCCUUCAGCAUGACUGAUUUAAAAUGGACACAAUUUCCCCACACCCAGACACGGGCCAAAGAACAUGUUGAAAUCCACAAACAAGCUGUACGUAUACUUGGCACAGAUUGUACAGAUAUAUAUAUCAUUCAGUGCUAUUGCAAAAAACAAAAAGAAACAGUCAUGAUUCACUUAGUCAAUGUUUUAAUUGAACAAACUCCUAAAAGCACAGUCUUCAGUUUUCCUAACUAACAAAUAAGGCACAUAUCGGAAUGCCGUUUCAUGGACACAGAGCAACAGAUUUCAUCUCGUCUCACAGUCUAGCAGAUUCCCUCAUAAACACUUUCUGUUGCUUGGUCCACUCCAAUAUGAUGACAAAUAUUUUACAGACAUUACAAACAUGAGGGUUAAAUCAGUACAUUCAGGAAAUCUAUUAAUGGAAAAUACUAGGAGUAAAUAGAGGCAUUUAUUUAUGACUAGAAAUUAGAGAGGUGUAUUCUACAAAAUAUCUCUUGGCAAGAAUUAAACGUAUUAAUAUUAAAUAAGAAUACAUUGCACAAAUGAUGAAUCUGAAUCAUAAAAAAAAAAAAAAAAAGCAUGCACAUGCAAACUUCAAUCCCAAAGACAUUUGAAAAAUAGUCCGAUUAUUUUCCAUUUUUACAUAUGAAGAAAAAUAUUUCACCAUAAUUCCUGGACUUGGCAGUAACUGGAGACGGCUAACUAGAGCUCACAGUUUCAUACAGUAUGGGCUUGAUUCACGAACACAUUUUGACCAAGUAAAAGGUCUGUACGUGCAAUUCAUUGUUAUGGUCAAUGACUGGAGUUAGUCAUGUCUUUUUGCCACUGUUUUGCAUCAAUAAAACACCUCAGUAAAAAAGC